AUGGAGAGACUAGACGUUGCUGCCCAUUCCAAAAAGAUCCAAGAGUAUUAUGACAAAGUUGUCCUUUCCAAAGACAACGUAACAUAUGCUGUUUUUACGUCGGAGAAAGCUACCCUGGUCCCCUCCACACUGGGUGAUGGGGAUAUCACCGAUUUUUUGCAGGAGUUUGAAGAGGGUAAGGUCCAAUAUGGGCUUGCCAAGGUCAAUCCUCCUGGAUCAGAUGUGUACAAGUUGGUUUUACUGGGUUGGUGUCCAGAUACAGCACCCUUCAAAUCUCGUUCCUCGUUUGGUGCCAAUUUUGGGGAGGUUGCAAAGAUCAUGCGUGGUUACCACGUUCAGAUCACUGCCAGGGACUCUGAUGAUUUGGACGUCAAGGACAUUUUAAAGACAGUUUCUGAUGCUGCCGGUGCCAGAUACUCCAUCCAGUACACCUCCGGUAAGUCCUCAAACCCAAAGCCUAAGCCUCAAUCGUUCAGAAAACCCGAGGAGGCCUCAUCGGUGGUAAAGCCUAAAAUUGCCCCUUCUAUUCCCAAAAAGGCACCUGUCGUACCUUCUAAGAAAACACCGUCAUCUUCAACCAAUGAUGAGGAUGAGGACGAUUGGGAUGGAGAAAAAGAAGUUGAGGUAAGGGACUUUACUGAGAAACCAUUGGAGAAGCCUGUUUCUUCAUACAAACCUCACCCCAAGGUCGAUCUCGAUGCGAUAAGAAAAGAGGGAAAUAGAGAAGCACCGCUGUUAGUAAAGGAGCCCAUCUCUGUGGUUAAGACUAAAUCCGCUCCUUUCAAACCGGCACCUCCUGUGAAGACCCCUGUUUUUGGCACAAAAGCUCCCAUAAUCAGCGGUUUGCCUAAAAAGUCUGACAAUGUAAUUGGAGGAUUAUCUCGUAACUUUGGUGCUGAAAAUGGGAAGACCCCUGCUCAACUGUGGGCUGAGAAGAAGGGAAAGUUUAAGAAAGCUGACUCUCCAGAGGAAGACGUCAUAACUCAACUAAAGUCUUCCUCAUUGGAAGAUGAGCCUGAUGCACCUAAGAGAGAGGAGGAGUCCGAACCAGAACCAGAACCAGAACCAGAAUUUGAGUAUGAGCAAGAGCAAGAGUCGGAACCAGAACCUGAAGCAGAGCAAGAGCCAGAACCAGAAUCAGAGCCAGCACCAGAACUGGAGCCAGAGCAAGAACCGGAACCAGAAUCAGAGCCUGAGUUAGAGCAAGAGCCCGAGGUUGAAAGUACGAAGACGCCCUCCACUACUCAAGCCACGGCUUUAUACGACUAUACUGCAGAAGAAGAUAACGAAAUUUCUAUUACUGAAGGUGAGCUGAUUGUUGAAAUUGAAAAAGUUGAUGAAGAAUGGUGGAUUGGUGUCAAUUCCAAGGGAGAGAAAGGUCUCUUUGUAGCCAGCUAUGUCAAAGAGGUAUCCGUUGUACCAUCCAACAAAAAACCUGUUCCUCCCCCUCCUGCUCCACGAUCUCAGUCACCAAAACGUAAGAUAGUGGUAGCUGAGUACGAUUAUGAUGCUGCCGAAGACAAUGAAUUGACUUUCAAGGAAGGUGACAAGAUAGAAGUCCUUGACCAGCCUGACGAUGACUGGUGGCUGGGCCAAGUAGGCGGGCAAAAAGGGUUGUUUCCUUCUAAUUAUGUCUCCGCUUGA